CAAAAAGAGUGCACAUUAUGUUAUGAAUGGGAGAUCAUUCUGUGUUUUUGUUUACCGUUGACCCGAACAUAGUUCAUUUUGCGAAGUAGGUUAAAAUCUGGAAUGACUGUUGCUUUUUUGGACAGCUCCUAGCUAGAUCUAGAUUUAAUAAUAACAUUGCAAUACAACGGCUCCCACAGUUCAUCAAUAAUGUGCAAUGUACCAUGGUAGCAGUCAGCAAAGACACAGUGACUCCAGUGGCUGUCAAACCUUCUGAGGUUCGUAAGUUACCAAUGGCCAUUGUGAGGAACAAACUAGCUGUGAGUGGAGAGCAAUCCAGGGAAGGAGAAGAUCAGAAACAUCGAGAGAAACAAGAGCAUUAUCACCAGGAAGAGCAUAAAAUAAAUGAAAAAGUAGCGGACCAGCAAAAAGUGCUCACAGCCUUGAUAGCUGGUGCUAUGGCUGGUGCUCUUGCUAAAACUGUCAUAGCACCAUUGGACAGAACCAAAAUCAAUUUUCAAAUUGCCAAUAAGAAAUUUUCCAUAAGGGUAGCAAUCAAGUUUCUUUUCAAUUCUGUAAAGGAAUCAGGAGUGUUGUCCUUAUGGAGGGGUAACUCUGCCACUCUGAUUAGAAUUAUUCCUUAUUCUGCUAUACAGUUCAGUGCUCAUGAGCAGUAUAAACUCUGGCUCAACUUUGAUAAUAAAAAACAUCUUCCUCCACACUUACGUUUCUUGGCCGGGUCACUGGCUGGAGUUACAUCCGUAGCAUUUACUUAUCCAUUAGACUUGUGCCGAGCCAGGAUGGCAGUCACCCCAAAGGAAACUUACAGCCAUAUUGGUCAGGUGUUUAUGAAAAUGAUUCGAGAGGAAGGUUUCAGGUCCAUCUACAGAGGAUUCACACCCACCAUGUUGGGAUCCAUCCCCUACUCUGGUUCUAGUUUCUUCACAUAUGAAACCUUGAAAAAAAUCCAUGCUGAAACUCAUCUUGGAAGGGAUCCCACUCCAAUAGAGAGAAUGUUGUUUGGUGCAAUAGCUGGUCUUGUUGGUCAGUCAGCAUCCUAUCCUUUAGAUAUUGUUAGGAGGCGAAUGCAAACUGCUGGUAUUACAGGUCAUAUUCAUGACUACACAUCUAUCAUGAACACCACCAGAAGCAUAAUUAAAGAGGAAGGCUUUAUACGUGGCAUGUAUAAAGGUCUCUCUAUGAACUGGAUCAAAGGACCCAUUGCUGUAGGGGUCAGCUUUACAACAUUUGAUAUUCUCAAACAUUGGUUAAGGAAGUUGCCUUAUUUCCAAGAUGAUUCAAAGAAAACAUGAGAAUCUUCGAGAAUUUUUAAACAUUCUUACUGGCUAAUUCAAGGAUGAUAUUUCUGAUUUUGUGGAAUAAUUGGCUCCAGCUUUUGGAUAUUUAUAAACAGUGGUUCAAUUUAAAGUUUGUUUGACCUCGUAGGAACAUUUUUGUGGAGAAGGUUGUGGGGUGAAUAUUUGAAUCUGUCAAAUAGUGUUUGCUUCGCAAGUUUUUGGGUGUAUUACUAUAAUCAUAGUCAAUUGUUUGGACUUAGAAGCUCUUAAUAGAGCUAUCCUUGCAUAAUUCGUGUAUUCAGGAUCAUUUGAUUGUUACAAAUGAUGACUAAUUCUCUGAAUGACUGAUGGCGUUUGCAAAAAGCAUAAGUCAUUUUUCAAAGUUUAUGGAUAAGAAUGUAAUAACAUACCCAUUACCUUUUUUUUUCAAAUAAUAAUUUAAAUACAAAGCACUUUUUUUUUUAUUGGUUCAUGUCUUCUCAAGAAAUUUGUAUAAACAUUUGGUUGGGGGGGAGGACUAUUAAUAAUUCUAAUUUUUUCCUUUACCUUGAAAUGAUCUUAAAAUAACCUAUCUAAUAAGUCGUAGAUGAUUAUCUCAUUUAUUAGGUGAUGCACCAAUUAUUCACCAUCAAACAGUGGUGUAUUAUCAGUAACUCUGUGAUUGGGCUAUUUCAAGCCAUCCAUCUGUUGUGAUUUCUAAGCUUUUAUUUCUUGAAGUUCAGUACACUUGCACUAAUUUGUUAUUGGUCACUCUGAGCUUAUGUUAUUUGUAAGUGUAAUAAAGGAAAAAGAUUCAAUCACAAUAAUACAAUACCCUAAUGUAUUCUAUUAACAUUACAGCCUUUACAAGAUUAGUAGUAUAAUGCUCUUUGUUUUUACAUGAAUCCAGUUUACUGUGAUACAAGUGCCAUAGUUUGAAACAUUUCUCAAUGAUUUGAAUGAAUCAUUCACAACUUAAAGCAGCUAAAACAUUUGUCUAUUUCAUUUUUUGGACUAUUUAUUGUUUGUGCAAUGGGCUACUUAUUACAUUUAUCUUCAUUUUGGUUUUGUUUUUGGUUGUCUAGUUUUUCUAUAUCCUUUAAGGUUCUUUCCCAUCAAGAUUUAAAAGAAUUGUAGAUGACGUUUGGGUCAAUCUUGUCAUAUAAAAAUUAUAGCUAAAAUAUGAUUUAUUUUUUUAAGUUUCUUUAAUGCUAAUAUUUAAGAAUCUAAAAAAAAAUCAUAACCAAGAUAUUAAUGGCCUUUAGAGUAUGAAUAUAAAAGAAAAUGCAAAAAAAAAUAAAAUUAAAUAAGGCAUAUGUAUGUAAUGUAUUUUUGUAUAAAUUUUGGUUAUUGAUUUGAUUGAUUAUAUACCGGUAUAACUUUAAUUUGUAACAGUAUUUUUUUUUACGCAUUUUCUUUUGGUUACAAAUAUUUAUUUUCAGAUAGCACUAGAAAAAAAAAAUGUUUCCACUACUAAUAUGUACAUAAAUCCCAAAGCAUCUUACUAUGUUCUGCUGACUAUUUGUCAUAUAUUAUGACGCUGUGUCUCAGGUUAAGUAAAUGUUUUUCUUUCUGGCAUUAUAAUUUCAGUGUUUUGACUGCUCUGGUUGUAACAUAAGUUAGGGAUAAAAAAUUACCUAGCCCUAGCUGGCAAUGCAUGCAUGUACUUUGAAUGUAGAAUAGUUGCUUAUGAAACUCGCUGCAAUAAUUAAGAGAGUAUUGUAUAAAGGCACAUUCCUUGUUGCACAUUCUAGGACAAAUUUGUACAAAUACUCCUUCUUCCCUAGUGCUAUUAAAGCAUGGAAUGGGUUGCUUGAGUUAGCCAGGAAAACCAAUGACAUGGCAGAAUUUAAGUCAUUGAUUCACAGGCAUUACUAGAUUGACCUAGGAAAACACAAUCAUCUUAUUUUUUGAAGUAACGUCUGUAUUUUAUAAGAUAAGAAGAAAAAAAAAAUGUUAGCUACCUCCCCUACUCAUAUUCAAAUGUCUUUUUAAAAAUUUAAACUACAAAUAAAAUGAGUCCCUUAAAAGUCUCAUUAUAAAUGAUGCCACACUGCAGGUCUAGACUUUGACUGAAUUUUAUUGUUCCUUAUAUUCUAGGAAGAGUUCUGAAGUUUAGUUUCCCCUCAUUUGGCUUACAGUCCAACAUUAAACUAUGUUGAACACACAAAGUACAAUAUGUGGAUAGGUUGAUUCUUUAUCAUGAACAUGCUAGACUGGUGUGUAAUUACUGUUUCAUUAUGAUUGCUGGGAAUAGCAAAAGAAAAAAAGAAGUAAAUGCUGACAUCAUCAUCAUCAUCAUCAUAAAAUAAGAGGCAAUGAAUUAUUAAAAAAACAAAAAUUCAUCUAUAUACUUUAGAAAUCAUUCUAACAAAGGAAGAAUCACCGUUCGAAUGUAGACUUGUGUCUAUUUAUUUAUACACUUAAUAAAAUAUUAUUCAGCUAAUAAUUAGCUAUCUAUAUGUUAUAUUAUUAAGUUGUUGAUUCAAUCUGUUAAGAACUGUCAGUAAAAUAUAUUACUCUUAAAUAAAAUAAAAUAUUUUGAUGAUAAA